AUCAAACACUUCCAUUAUAAAACACUCCCUUUUGCUUUUACUUCUUCCCACCAAACAAACUCCCAUCCCUCAACCCCUACAUUUUACUACGCUCUCUGAAAUCUUAGUUACAUCCAUGGCGGCAACAUCGCUAAAUGCCCCUAACGCUCCUCUCCUUCAAAAGACCCAUCAAACUCAUGUCUUUCUCAAACCCAUCUCCACCAUUCCUUGUCAAACCUCUGCCAAGCGCUUCUCCAUCUCUUGUUCCGCAACUACCCAAGAUCGCCUCUCCGUCCAAUCCCAAUCUCAAGAUCGGGUCUUUAACUUCGCCGCCGGUCCCGCCACCUUACCCGAGAACGUCCUCCUCAAAGCCCAAUCCGAGCUUUACAACUGGCACGGAUCUGGCAUGAGCGUUAUGGAAAUGAGCCACCGUGGUAAGGAUUUCCGUUCUAUUAUCGAAAAAGCCGAGACCCAUCUCCGUUCCCUUCUCAACAUCCCUGAAAACUACGCCGUUUUGUUCCUCCAAGGUGGAGCCACCACCCAGUUCGCUGCUGUCCCUUUGAAUCUCUGUGCCCCAGGUGACUCCGUUGAUUAUCUUGUUACUGGAUCUUGGGGAGACAAGGCUUUCAAAGAAGCUAAGAAAUACUGCAACCCCAAAGUCAUUUGGAGUGGGAAAUCGGAGAACUACGUCAGGGUUCCCUCGUUCGAUGGUUUAGAACUGAACCCGAAUGGCAAGUAUUUGCAUAUAUGCGCCAAUGAGACCAUUUACGGGGUUGAGUUCAAGGACUACCCAGUUCCCCGCAAUCCAAAUGGGGUUCUUGUUGCUGAUAUGUCUUCCAAUUUUUGUUCCAAACCUGUUGAUGUAACCAAGUUUGGGUUGAUUUAUGCUGGUGCGCAGAAGAAUGUGGGGCCAUCCGGGGUUUGCAUCGUGAUCGUGAGGAAGGAUCUUCUAGGAAAUGCACAAGAGAUUACCCCUGUAAUGCUUGAUUACAAGAUCCACGCCGACAACAACUCUUUGUACAACACACCUCCAUGUUAUGGGAUUUAUAUGUGCGGGCUGGUGUUUGAAGACCUUUUGAAGCAGGGAGGACUGGAAGAGGUUGAGAAGAAGAACCAAAAGAAAGCUGGUAUAUUGUACAAUGCCAUCGAUGAAAGCAAAGGAUUCUACAGGUGCCCUGUUGAGAAAUCUGUAAGGUCGCUGAUGAAUGUUCCAUUCACAUUGGAGAAGUCAGAGUUGGAGGCUGAGUUUUUAAAGGAAGCCGAGAAGGAGAAGAUGGUGCAGCUCAAGGGACAUAGGUCGGUGGGAGGCAUGCGAGCUUCCAUUUAUAAUGCUAUGCCUUUGGCUGGAGUUGAGAAGUUGGUUGCUUUCAUGAAGGAUUUCCAGGCAAAGCAUGCUUGAUUCACGUCUCUUCCUAUAUAAAGUGCGGUUGUUCUCUUCUGUUUGUGUUCACUCUUUUAUGUUUUUGCUAUGGUUUUAUGUCGGGUAGGUUUUAGAUACUAUUGGUGAUAAAUCUGAAAGUUCCAAACAGGGGAAGUUAAGCAAGAUUUUUGUAAUAGACAUGAUUUGCUAGUUUCAUUUCCUAUUCUGAUUCUUAAGUGCACAAUAUUAAUUAAUUCUAAUAAAGGUCGCUUGAAUUUUGGUGUUUA